CCAUCGUCUCCGGUGACGAGCCAGCCAUAUUCAUUUCGGGCGUAGCCAAAAGUUCAGUACCAGCAAACAAGUGCCUUGUGGAUUUUUGUUUCUGACGGAGAAAUGGCUCAGAUUUAGGACUGAUUUGGGGUGAAAUUAGUUGAAAUCGAUUACUGUGGGUGCCGCGCGUGUUAUAAGAUAGGGAAAAUGUCGAUUCUGUGGCGCUGCGGGGCGCUAAUAGCGUUAGGAAUUUUUGUGGGUGUGUUAGCUCAGUACGAGUGGCAACCGAAAGAUGCUUUCGAUGAAAUUAAAGUGAAGUUCGAUCGGGCCACGGCAGAUAACUGUCCAAUUUUACAUGUGAGUGAUCUGUUUCUGCCGGAGGAAACGGUUUCGCAUCUACCGGAUAUCAAAGAGUUCGAUCAGAAUCCGAUCUUCCCCAAUCGAACGGCACUGCUGCUGCUGCACAACAUGGCGCUGACGAGGGGGUUCUUCUGGAGUUACGUACUGCAGAGUCGGUUCAUUCGGCCUGCCAUCAACGAUACGUACGAUCCGGGCAUGAUGUACUAUUUCUUGUCCACCGUGGCAGACGUUUCCGCUAACCCGUCCAUCAACGCUUCGGCAGUGUACUUUUCUCCGAAUACAUCAUUCUCAUCGUCCUACCGAGGGUUCUUCAACAAAACCUUCCCCCGCUUCGCCCCCCGCACGUUCCGUCUAGACGACUUCAACGAUCCUAUUCAUCUGCACAAGAUCUCCACGAUGAACACUUUUGACGUGCGGGACUUGGGCUCCUUCUCGCCGGACUCGAUCUCGCACGAUUACACCACCGAUUUCUACAAAAUCAACGAAUGGUACAAAGCGUGGCUUCCGGAUAUUGUGGAGAAUCGACACGACACGAAGACGACGUACCAGGUGGAGAUCCGGUAUGCUAACAACACCAACGAGACGUUUACGUUCCACGGACCACCGGGUGCCGAUGAAGACCCUGGUCCGGUGCGGUUCACUAGGCCGUACUUUGAUUGUGGUCGGUCCAACAGGUGGCUGGUGGCCGCCGUGGUUCCCAUUGCUGAUAUCUAUCCAAGACAUACGCAGUUCCGGCACAUUGAAUAUCCCAAAUACACCGCAGUCUCGGUCAUCGAAAUGGACUUCGAGCGUAUAGACAUCAAUCAGUGCCCGAAAGGCGAAGGCAACAAGGGCAAGAACAAGUUCGCCGAUACGGCCCGCUGCAAAAAGGAAACCACCGAGUGUGAACCAUUGGACGGGUGGGGAUUUCGCCGUGGAGGUUACCAGUGCCGCUGUCGACCCGGGUUCCGAUUACCGUCAGUGGUGCGGCGUCCCUUCCUAGGUGAGAUACUGGAGCGGGCAAGUGACGAACAGUACUACAACGGCUUCGACUGCAAGCGUAUCGGUUGGAUCCACAAGACACCGAUCGAUUGGUACCGGUUGCCGCAGUACACGCGGGAGAGGUAUCUGAACCAUUACUACGAGUACAAGAAUUACACAAAGGGGGCGACCUCGCUGCACUCCGAGAAGGUCAACGUGAACGAGGUGCUGAACUUCAUCCUCGGAGUGACGGAGAACACCUGCAAUAACUUCCACGCACAAGAUUUGGUGCUGAACGGAGACGUGGCGUUCGGGGCGCAUAAGCAGUUUGCGAACGAAGCCAAGAUGGCGCUGCGAUUGGCGAACUUUAUCAGUGCGUUCCUCCAGAUUUCCGAUCCACUGGAGGUAUACUCCGGGAAACGGGUUGCGGAUAAGCCGCUGACCGAGGAUCAAAUGAUGGGUGAGACGCUGUCGCUUGUGAUGGGCAACUCGAGGAUCUGGACGGCGGCGACGUACUGGGAUAGAAGUAAGUUCACCAAUAGGACCUUGUUUGCGCCGUACGCGUACAAGACGCAGAAGAACUCCAGGAAGUUCAAGUUGGAAGACGUGGCUCGGAUCAACAAGACUGGGGAGGACUACACCGAGUUGCCGUAUUUCAAAUUGUUGAAGCAGCGAUGGGCGGCGAAUUUCGACUCGCUCGAAAAAUACUACAUGAAGAUGCGUAUUCGUCACAACGAGACCGGAGAGCAUUCGCAGAAGUACGAGCACUAUCCGAAUUUCUACCACGCGGCUACGAUGGAUCAUGGUUUCUGGACGGCGCCGAAGUUCGAGUGUAAGGGUUACGUGAAGAAAUGGCUCGUAACCUAUGCGGCGCCCUUCUUCGGGUUCGACAGUCUAAAGGUGAAGCUGGAGUUCAAGGGGAUCGUCGCAGUUUCGAUGAAUAUGCUAGGGCUGGAUAUCAACCAGUGUCCGGAUGACUACUACGUUCCGAAUGCAUUUAAAAAUACCCAUAAAUGCGACGAAAAGUCCUCAUAUUGCGUUCCGAUCCAGGGUCGCGAGUACGAACUCGGUGGUUACAAAUGCGAGUGCCUGCAGGGUUACGAGUACCCGUACGAGGAUCCGAUCACCUACUUCGACGGGCAGCUGGUCGAGGCCGAGUUCCUCAACAUUGUCAACGACGAGAAGAGCCGCUACGACACCUUCAAAUGCCGCCUGGCCGGUGCUGCCGCCUUGCGGGUGGAGUUCACCAUCCUGAGUGUCGUGCUGCUGCUGAGCUGGAUGUUGUUCCGGCGGUGGACGCGGUAGGCCGGAGAUGUUAGAGUAGGCCAUGACGCGAGUAUUCGUACUUUUGGUAGCUUGGCGGUCACUUGAUUAGCAAGUUAGGUGACGCAACACGGGUCAAAUUCUCAACUGCAGACGAACGGACGUAACACAAAGAUGCAUUUGCCUUAGUUAAUUCCAGCAGGUCCAGUAGAUGGAAAAUCAUAAUCAGCUGAAAUUUUACCAGUGUUACGUCUGUUUGUCUGUGUAUCAAUUCAUAAUGAAAUUUUCUGAAUCUGCGAGUAAACCUCAACCGACACAUUCCGGUUAGCUCUUAAAUGAAAAAAGAAAGGUGUUCAACUAACAUUCCGUCCAAAACGGAGGCCAUUUGCCACCGGAGAAUCCACUGAGAAUCUCCAUCAAUUUUGUUUAGCAUGUAAGACGAUCGAAAAGUAUCUGUAGUAGGUAGAAACGUAAGCCGUCCAGGUGUAGUGCUUUGUACACAUAUUGUUUAGAUCUAAGACUAAGGAACCGUUUUUUAACCAACCAGCAAUGCCUUUUAAAUGUAGAACACGAAAAUGUUGAUUCAAAAGUAUUUCUCUGUUAGAAUGACAUCUUUGUACAAUUUUAGAAUAGUGCUGAAGUGCAAAUCGAAGCAAUUUUAUGAAUCUAUUAAAUGUUUAAACGAUGAAA